AUGGACCCAGCGGACUCAUCGGAGAGAUUCAGGAGGAAGGUGACGGAUAAAGUUAAUAGACUCUGCGACCUUUGGCUGGAGGCGCACGAGGAAGGAUUUCGUCGCGUCGUGGAAAAGCGGCUGGAAGAGACGCUGUCUUGCUUCCCUUGGGUGCUGGAUACGCUCUACCCGAUCGUCGCGGACUUUCUGGCUAACACGCUCCACCUCGACUCUCCUGUUCAGGCUGCUCUCCAGCCCGACCAGCUGGGGGAUCCGCAGCCUGACACGCCGGCCCCGGCAUCGUCUAAGAAGCGACGCUCGCGCCGCCGGCGCUUUUCACCGCAGCCGGAUUCCUGGACUUCACAACAACCGGCUGUGGCCCGUGUGCCUGCUGGUCCUGUAGCCGUAGCACAGCCAGCUGCCCAGCCUGUAGCCAUAGCACAGCCAGCUGCCCAGCCUGUAGCCAUAGCACAGCCAGCUGCCCAGCCUGUAGACAUAGCACAGCCUGCUGCGCAGCCUGUAGCCAUAACACAGCCAGCUGCCCAGCCUGUAGCCAUAACACAGCCUGCUGCCCAGCAUGUAGUCGUAGCACAGCCAGCUGCCCAGCCUGUAGCCGUAGCACAGCCUGCUGCCCAGCCUGUAGCCGUAGCACAGCCAGCUGCCCAGCCUGUAGCCGUAGCACAGCCUGCUGCCCAGCCUGUAGCCGUAGCACAGCCAGCUGCCCAGCCCCUUCGAUCCUCUGCAGGAUGUUCAGAGGAGCUCAGUCUGUCAAGUGAGGACUGUUUACCUGGGCUGGAACAGACUGACUGCCCCGCACAGCCCCAUCCGCAGCAUCACGAACCGGCUGUGAGCCAGGUGCUGUCUCAACCAACUUCAUCUUUGCCAGAGAUCUCGAUACCUGCUGGUCACGCAUGUGUCUCUGCUGAAGGGUCCGAGGGGCCGCUUCAGCUAUCAUCUGUUCCACCAUCCGCUUCAACUACACUGCCGUCAUCUCCACCGCCUGCUGCGGAGCUCGGCGAGCCAGAGCAGGAGCUCAGCGAGCGGGGGGAGCCCGCGCCGCAGCCGGCGGAGCCCGCGCCGCAGCCGGGGGAGCAGCUCGGCGAGGAGCAGCUCGGCGAGGAGCAGCUCGGCGAGGAGCCCGCACCGCCUGAUGAGGAGCAGCUCGGCGAGCCGGAGGAGCCCUGUGAGCCAGAGCGGGAACUCGGCGAGCAGGAGGAGCCCUCCUAA